AUGAUUGAGAAAGUUUUUAAUAUGGGAGCUAAUCUGAUUUCUAUUGUGUCUGAUAGUGCACCAAGUUAUGCAGCUGCUAGAUGUCGGCUUCGAGUUAAACAUGUACAAAUUACUUUUUUGCCAUGUUAUGCUCACCAAAUGAAUCUUUUUGUGGGAGAAAUUUUUAAAGAAUCAGUUGAGUUUAAGGCAACUUCCACAGAUGCAAUAAAAGUUGCACUAUAUUUUAAAUCAUCACUUAAUAAAUAUUUUAUUGGAAAAUUACGUUCAAUACAAAAAGACACAUAUGGUAAAUACAUUCAAAUUGCUAUUGGUAAUGAUACCCAUUGGAACAGUCAUUAUGAAUGUUUUUGUACGUUGAUUAAAUCAAAAAGUAGCAUUAAGGGUGAAUGUUCAAUGUAUGAACCCCACACAGGAUCAUCAUCAUAUCGUAGACCUGAUGAACCAUUAUAUCUUCCUGCUAAUAUAUCUUCAAUUUUACUAGAUGAAGACUGGUGGCUUUUACUUUCAAAACUAGUAUUGGUACUUAAACCAUAUUGUAUAAUAUUAGACAUUUUGCAGAGAGAUAAAGCAAGGCUGCAUGAAGUUUUGGGUGGUUUUGGAUAUUUUUUCAAAAAAGCUAUCAAUAUGAGCAAAUUACAUGCUUCAAUUAAAUAUCAAUGUAAAGUUAAUGAAGUGGAAGCUAUUCGUAAACAAAAAUCAACAGAAAACAUUGCUGGUCCAAUAGAUUUAGAAAUAAGUGAAGAAAGUUCCACAGAUAUCCAAGAAUUAAAUAAUAACAGUGAAGACAAUUUAGAAGAGGAAGAAGAAACAAAUGAUGUAUCUGAUUGGAAUAGAUUAGUUAGUGAAUGGGAAAAUUUGUUACUUCGAGAAGAGGUGGAUGAUUUACUUUCCACAGAUAGUGAUGAUGAUGAAUUUGAAAUAAAUGAGUUAUUAUUGAAUCAAACUCAUCCUGCAUUAGACAAUGUAGCAAAAUGGCAAAUAACUGAUAUUUUUGUUGAAAAUUUAGAAAUACCAUUUUUUAUUGAAGAUUAA